UGCUCCCCGCCAUGAUGAUAAUGGGCUAAACCUCUGAAAUUGAGGGGCAUUUGGAAGUUUGCCAUCACACAGAUGAAGGCUGAGGACACUGCUAAGCUGUAUGAGCAAGUUUCUGUUACAGGCCCAGAACAGCAAGUCCACAGCACCAGAAAGAUGGUUGCCAAGGAAUGAAGUCCAAUAGAGGGCUGGAGGCAACGGCUGAGGGGUGUGGGAUUCCCUAUGUGCUGACACAAUUGUCAAGAUGUUUAACGAGGGAACCCAACCCUGUGACUGUGCUAACAGUCACUGCGUGACAAGUGGGCUUGUUUUCCUUCCUUUCCUUUUCUUUUAGUUUAUUACAUUUUAUUGUGGGUGUGGGUGUGUGUGUGUGUUUUACAGAACACUGAGCCAUUUUGCCGAUCCCAUAGGUAGACUUUCAUAAUCAGACUGUAUGGUAUGUGAGGCACAGAUCAAUUAAGCUGCCAACAACAACAAAAAAAUGGACUCGGGCUGGGCAGUGGUGGCACAAGCCUUUAAUCCUAGCACUCAGGCAGAAGCAGGCAGAUGUCUGCGAGUUCAAGGUCAGCCUGGUCUAAAGAGAGAGUUCCAGGACAGCCAGGUCUACACAGAGAAACCCUGUCUUGAAAAACCAAAAGAAAGGGUCAGGGGUGGGUCGGGCAGAGAUCAGGUGCUUUGGAAGAAGGACGGAGCCUGUCCUUGUCACCCCUGUCCCAGUUCUGUCCCUUGAGUCUGUGUCCUUGGCCAGGGGUUCCCCUCCUUGUCUAAUCUGUCAGCUAGCUACAGAUGGGGUCUUGUCUUCCUUGGGGCUUCUGCCCCCUUAAGUCUGUGGUUUGUAGAACACGGAGACCUGAGGAUUCCGGGGUUGGGAUGGAGACGGUGGACAAAGGAAGGUGUGCCUAGGGUCUGAGGAGAUUUUUCCCAGAAGGGACAGCCCCCUCUGGGAGCAAGACGGCUCCAGGGAGGAGGGAUGGUUAGGGGAGCCUUAAUGGGAAAGAGGUGGGGGGAAGUUACAGACCACAGGGGAAGAAAGAGAAACACUGCCACUGCCACAGCUGCUGGUGCCAUUUGAGAGCGGAAGUGGAACAGGAGCUGCUAUUUCCCACAGGAAGAGCUGAGCCAUACCUCACGGGGCUGUGAAGAGAAUCCAGCUCAAGAACUUCCAGCAGAGAGGAGGUCUUUCCGUGGGCAGUAGCUGGCCUGCUGUGGCUUAGAAAGGAAAAGGCCCCGAGAUCCUUCAGCUUAUGCCCCUCGCUUUGGGAAUCUUGCUGGCUCCAGGACAAUGGAAACCAGAAACACCCACACGCACCUAGAGAACAAGGCGGAGGCUCCAGCAGUCCAAUCAAGCUCUGGCCUGAGCUCCACCAAAAAGAACACAGAUUCGGAACCCACGGUCUUAGCCGGUCAGAUUGGACUCACAGAUGGCUUUGAAAGGGACAGCAGAAAGCAGCAUGUGGCUCCUAGAGGACCAGAGAGGGAGCUCCGACACACAGGAUCAUCCCAGGAUGGGUCAGGGGAGCUUCAGACCCAGGAGCAGAGGCCCUCAGCAAGAUCAAGGACAACCCACGAGGGGCAGAGGGAGCUGCAGGCUGGCCAGGAGCAAGCUCAGCCUAGUGGGGAUUUUGUGACCUCUGAAGGGCGGCCACAUCCAGCCGUGCAGACCAAGGACCAGCAGAAGAGAUGGCAGAGCACCGAGGUCAAAGAGAUUCUUCCUACUGAGAGCUGCCCGGUAACCAAGACUCUCCGUCUUCCCGCUCAGGGAAGCACAGACCAUGAUCUGGGGAAGCCAUGCACCUCAGACAGCAGGAGUCAGCCGUCGAAGAACCCCUCCCCCAGCGAAGCAGGCCGCCCACAGGUCAGGCUGCAGGAGCCUAUGCCAGCACCCAGCUCAGGGACUCACAGGGACAACCCCCAGGAGGCAGCGCCCCCCAAGCCCAAGGUGACUACAGAGGAAAAGAAGGCCCCUUCCGUUUUGUCAUCCGUAUCUCGAACACACAAAGACAGAGGUGAAGCUGUAGAUAGCAAGGCAGCACCGAGGCCUCCUCCUCCUACUCCUACUCCUCCUCCAGAGGAAAGAGAUGUUGAGAAGAAGGAGCUGAUCCCAGGGCAGAAGCAACGGCAGCAUGCCUUGGCAGCUGCAGGCACCCAGGGUUCUGCCAACUCCCGACGGGGCUUCAUGAAGUGCCUGCUGGAGGUGGAGGAGCAGGAGGAAGCCACCCACAGAAGGACUCUGAAGUCCCGGGCCCUGACAGCCAGGAGGUCCCCCAAGACUGUGACUUCUGUCUCCACCUCAAGCCCUAUCAGCAGCGCCGUUGUAACCUUACCUCUGUCCCUGCACGAACCUUCCACCCCAACUCCAGCUACCGUUCCAUCCUGGGUCAGGCCACCAGCCCCUGGGCAAACCCCCAUCCCUAUGGGGUCCCCUGGGUCAGUCCUGCCAACUCCUGCCCAGGACCAGAACUGGAGAUGGCCAGAGUUCCUGCCCCAGGGCAAUGAGAGAAGUCUCAACUAUGCCAAGAUACGGCAGGAGCAGGAAGAGCACGGCCUCUUCAGAAUGUAUCAGAGCUGGGAGGAGCGGACUGAGGAGCACCUCACCCUCAAGCAGGAGGAAGCCUUCCGAAGCUACUUCGAUAUCUUCAACGGUCCUGGUGAGGUAGAUGCGCGAAGUCUCAAGAACAUCUUGCUCCUAAUUGGCUUCACCUUUACCCCAGCCCAGGUGGAGGAAGCCCUGAUGAGUGCUGACGUCAAUGGAGAUGGUCACGUGGAUUUCAAAGACUUUUUGGCUGUGAUGACAGACACCAAGCGCUUCUUCUGCUCCGUGGAACAGAACGUCCUGAUGGAUAUGUCGCCCCCGAACCCCUACACAGUGUUCUUCGAGAUCCUGUCUCUGCUGGUGGAAAUGUUGGCCCUGCCGGAGGCGGCCCUAGAGGAGAUCACGAACUACUACCAGAAGAAGCUAAAGGAAGGUUCCUCCAAGGCCCGAGAGAUGGAAUCAGCUAUGGGCGGGCUGCGAUCCAGGAAGAAGAUUCCUUACAACCCUCAGCAAGUAGAAAACUUGGAAGUCCCAGAACGAAGGGUCCUCAGGAUCCUGAGCCGGCUAAAGCAGCAGAACUAUGCUGCCAAUCUGCAGAGCCCCUAUGCCCAGGUACCCUGCAUCCCACUCUGCCCGAGGCUGGACAAGAAGGCAGUCCGUCGAAAGCAGGCCAGCCACAACCAUCCUGUGCUGGAUCAGUGCGUCCCCACGAGCCUGGGUUCUGACCUUCACGGCCUCUUCUUCCAGCCAGGGCAGCAAGGAAGCAGGGAACACAGCUCUGACAGCAGAAAGUGGCUCAGCUCGGUGCCGGCUCGAACCCACUGAUCCUCCGGAACCGUGGCUCCAGUUCAAGGCCCGCAGACAGUUGAGCAGGGCCUGGAUUUGGGAUUUGCUUUCAUGGCCUGGUAAGCCAAUAAACACCAAGAACCUCG